AUGCCCCUGGACGAAAGGAAACAACUUGUUGAAAAUCCUUUCGAAAACGUUUGGAGUACAAUGUUCAAAGAUGAGCUAAUAUCUAACGUUAUGGAGAGAUUCCGCACAUUUGAAGGUGGACGACUAGCAGAAAGGGCUGAUCGUCUGAACAAUAUCAUGAACGACAUGGUCGAUCUCUAUUGGGCGGACCAUUUAGCUGAAGUACUAGGAAUGGAGAGAGUUCUAUGUCAUGGAGAUUUAUGGUCGAUGAACAUUCUCUGGAGGGAAAAUGGAAAUGAACUCAAAUUCACUACUUUAGUUGACUAUCAGGUUGCUCAUUUCGGCUGCUCCGCAACCGAUCUUGUUCGAUUGUUCUCAAGCAAGCCUGCCUCUGGUAAUGACAGGAGAGGCUCACUGGGAGGAGUUUACUGGAACGUUAUACUAUGGAUAUGUCAAAGAGGAAAUGGGCGACAAAGAAUGCCGCUACUCCCUAGAACAGGUGAAAGAAGCAUACCGUCAGUACUUUCCCAUGGGAGCUUACCUGAUUGUGCCAUCAAUAGCACCUCUUUACGAGUUGCUAUGUGA